UUAUAAAUGUGUUCGUAUUUAGAAUUACAGGUUUUUUUAAAUAGAUUUUUCUUUAAUGCAGUUGUAUUCCUCAUUAACGAAGCCUAGUCGUAUUCAUAAAACAAGAUACACUUUUGAACGGGUUCUCCAUAAUGAACAGAGGAACCAAAUCCUAAUUGCCCCCACACCCCGUCUGGCUACGUUUCAUUGUAAUGAAUUCAAUGAAUAUGGUUGGCCAUUAAUGAAGUCACUCUUUUCAAUGGGCGUUUCCACUGUACAAACAAGAAACUACUUCCGGUUCUUGAAAGAAUUGAAAGAAAAAAUGGUGGCGGCCGCCAUGUUUCCAAAUGCAAUAUCUCCCAAGCAUUAAAUAUAAUUAUCAGGUCUAGCACUGCUAUAAUAGUGCAGAAGCAUACUGUAAUUUGUCUCCAGGGGUUUGAGGAACGUCCUGUGGUGGAUGCUGCGGCUGUGGGACCUGCAUAUCCUGUGAUUGUUUGAUUUAACAACUGGGGUUCACAAUGCACCAUGGAAGUGGACCCCAGAACGUGCAGAGGCAACUUCAGAGAUCCAAGUCCUUCACAGGAUCAGAGGCUGAGGAGCAGACCCCAGCAGUGGCUCAGCAGCAGCCCGGGCCAGUCAACCUGCCCCAGUCCCCAGCACCAUCCUUCGCCCCUGCUGCCAGUCCCUCUGCUCCACAGUCCCCCAACUACCUAAUCAUGAGCCGCACUCCCGUUACUGGCCAGAACAUGAACAUCACCCUUCAGAAUGUCGGCCAGAUGGUGACAGGCAACCAGCAAAUAACCCUCACCCCUCUGCCCUUGCAGAACCCAGCUUCUCCAGGCUUCCAGCACCCAGCCUCUCAGUGGCGUUUAGAGCCCACCUCCUCCUCCCCCUACAUCCAGGUGACCUCCCCCCUGCCGCAGCCCAUGCAGCCCCAGAGCCCCACGCAGCACAGUCCCGUGGCCCUUCAGGGGAUGCAGCGGCCGGGGGCCUCUGGGGCGGGGCUGGCCGUGUGCGGGCAGAGCCCCACGCGUUUUGUGGAGUCCAGCAUGCCGGUGAGGCAGAUCAACCUGGGCAGCCCCACUGGCGGCAGCUACUUCGUUUACCAGGACGCCGCGGGUCUGGCCCAGCUGGCUCCCACCACGGUUAGCCAGGUGCAGCUGACGUCCCCCGGCGCCCCGGGUUCUGUGCGCGAGCGCAGGCUGUCCCAGCCCCACUCCCAGACCGGCAGCACCAUCCACCACCUGGGUCCCCAGAGCCCGGUGGCCAGCGGACCGGCCUUGCCCACCCUGGGGAGCCCGGGCCACAUCACCACCUCCAACCUGCCCCCUCAGAUCAGCAGCAUCAUCCAGGGUCAGCUGGCACGCCCCAUGAUUCCCUCCCAAGGCAUGGUGUCCAGCGUCGGGGCAGCCGCCGUUGCCUCUUUUGGCAUACCCAGCGCCAUGCCGCCCUCCAGUCCGUCCCGCACCAAUCCACCCCAGGGGCUCUCCAAUCCUCCUCUUACCCCCACGGGCACAGUGGUCGGCGCCAUCAAGAAACAGCAGCCCAAGAAGCUCGAGGAAAUCGCGCCCUCUAAUCCAGAGGUGGCCCAGCUGAGGAAACAGUGCCUGGAACACCACAACAAGAAAAUGGAGGGCCUUAAAGACGUCUUCAAGGAGUACCUUAUAGAGCUCUUCUUCCUGCAGCACCUCCAAGGCAACAUGAUGGACUAUCUGGCCUUCAAGAAGAAGCCCUGUGUGCCACUCUUUACAUACCUAAGACAGAAUGACCUGGACCUCGAGGAAGAAGAGGAAGAGGAGCAAUCUGAGGUCAUCAACGACGAGGUCAAGGUGGUGACUGGGAAAGAUGGUCAAGCGGGAACGCCGGUUGCCAUAGCAACGCAGCUCCCUCCCAACGUGUCUGCAGCUUUCUCUGCUCAACAACAGCAACAAUUCCAGGGACACCAGGGAACAUCUGCUACGAGCAUCACAAAACCAGUGGACAUAGAAGUAAUGAAAAGACAGCAGGCUUUGGCGCAAGCAGAUCAGGCUAAGAGGCCCCGGAUUGACGUUGGUCGCCACGGGAUGAUUUUCCAGCAUCCUGGCGUAGCUCCUUUAGGAUCACCUGGGGUUCCUCUCCAACAGCUUAUGCCGACUGCGCAAGGAGGAAUGCCCCCCACCCCGCAGGCCGUCCAGAUCGCGGGGCAGAAGCAGAACCAGCAGCAGUACGACCCGUCCAAGGGGCCGCCUGUGCAGAACGCGGCCAGCCUGCACACGCCGCCGCCCCAGCUGCCCGGGCGCCUGCCCCCCGGCGGCCUGCCCAUGGCGGGGCUGCCCCUCGCCCUCUCCCAGCAGCAGCAGCAGCAGCUGGUGGAGGCGCAGGCCCAGCCGGCCGCCCAGCUCCAGGCCCAGGCCAAGGCCGGGGCGCCCCUGCUGGCCGCGGGGAACCCCCACACGCAGCUGCAGGCCCAGCUGCAGCAGCAGAUGCAGUCGGGCCUCCACAUCCAGAUCCAGGCCCAGCAGCUGCAGCAGCAGCAGCCACAGCCCUCCCUGCAGGCGGGACAGGCGACCGUGGCCCUCGUGCGCCCCGGAGCCGAGCUCUCCCAGCCCUGCCAGAGGCUGGUGGCCAACUCCCUCCCGCCUUCCUCCAUGUCCCCCGCCCCCGUGGCCGCGCCCGCCUCCUCGCACCCCGUCUCCCACCCCGUGGGCCCGGGCCGCCCGGCGGCCUCCAGCGCCACCCCGGCCGCCCAGCCCAAGCUGAGCGGGGCCAACGCCAACCCCCUGCUCAAGAUGUCGGGCCUGGGCCAGGCCGCGUCCGCGCAGCCCGCGCAGGAGAGCUCGCAGGACAAGCAGGCCGAGCAGGCCAAGCUGGAGAACCAGGUGCACCAGCGCAUCGCCGAGCUCCGGAAGGAGGGGCAGUGGACGGCCAGCCGGCUGCCCAAGCUGCUGGAGGCUUCCAGGCCCAAGUCCCAGUGGGACUACCUGCUGGAGGAGAUGCAGUGGAUGGCGGCUGACUUUGCCCAGGAGAGGAGGUGGAAGAUGGCCGCGGCCAAGAAGCUGGUGCGCACUUGUGCCCGUUACCAUGACGAGCAGAGGCAGGUGGAGGAAAGGGCCAAGAAAGAGGAAGAGGUGCGACUGCGGCACAUCGCCAGCACCAUCGCCCGGGAGGUGGAGUUUUUCUGGUCCAACAUCGAGCAGGUUGUUGAGAUUAAACUCCGGUUUGAAAUUUAUGAGAAAAGGCGGAAAACUCUCAGCCUGCAAAGAGCGACAAAUAAAGGACAAAGCGUGAAAUCGGCACAGACCCCCGGGGAGAAGCCCGAAGACGAAGCCCGCGCUGAGUCAUCUACCAGCAGAAAGCGGAAAGCGAGUUCUUCAGUAACGGAUGAAGAAGCCGAGGACGAGGAGAGCACCAUAGAGGAGCAGGAGGCCAUGGAGGCAGUGGGAGACCAGCAGGCAGAGCUGGCUGAUCUCACUAAAGAAGCGGAAAUGCCGCUGGACGCGCUGAAGAAGCAGUACGCCGGUGCCUACGCGGAGCACUUUGAGUGGCCCCAGCCCAGCUCCCAGAGCGACGACGAGGACAAAGACGAAGAGAUGGAGGAGUCCCCGCUGGACAGCCCGCACGAGGCGGUGCUGAUCGACUCCCUGCUCAGCGUGGAGCAGUAUCGCGGGGCGGAGAAGGUCACCUCCCCCGGGGCCGACGGCAAGGCCAAGAGGGACAUCGCCGAGGUGGCCGCGGCGACCGAGCUGAUCCUGCCCAAAGGCAGCUCCAGGACCAUCAACGCGGCGCGCAGCCCCGCCCCCUUCCUGCUGCACGGCGCGCUGCGGGAGUACCAGCAGAUCGGCGUGGACUGGCUGGUCAACCUCCACAAGAAGCACCUGAACGGCAUCCUGGCCGACGAGACGGGUCUGGGGAAGACCGUGCAGACCGUGGCGUUUCUGGCCCACUUGGCCUGUCAGGAAGGAAUCUGGGGUCCCCAUUUGGUGGUUGUGCGGACUUGCAAAAUGCUGAGCUGGGAGAUGGAGUUCAAGCGCUGGUGCCCCGGGCUGAAGAUCCUCCUUUAUCUCGGAAGCAAGAAGGAGCGCAGGUUUAAGAGAAAGUGGUGGUCGGAGCCCAACAGCUUCCACGUGUGCGUGACGUCUUACAAGCUGCUGCUGAAGGACCAGAGGGAGUUCCUCAAGAGGAGGUGGAAGCACCUGGUGCUGGACGAGGUGCAGCUCAUUAAGAACAUGACAGAGAAGCACUGGGAUGCCAUAUUUUCCCUUAAGAGUCAGCAGAGGCUCCUUCUGAUCAACACGCCACUGCAGAACACGCUGAAGGAGCUGUGGACCAUGAUCCACUUCCUGCUCCCCGGCAUCACGCGACCAUAUCUGGACUUCCCCGUCAAGGCCGGCACUGACCAGAACCAGGACUACUGCCACAAGCUGGUCAUCCGCCUGCAUAGGAUGAUCCAGCCCUUCAUCCUGAGGCGCUCCAAACGGGACGUGGAGAAGCAGCUCCCCAAGAAGUACGAGCACAUCCUCAAGUGCCGUCUGUCCAACCGACAGAAGAGCCUGUACGAGGACGUCAUGACGCAGCCAGGAGCUCAAGAGGCCCUGAAGACGGGCCACUUUGUGAGCGUGCUGCAGGUUCUGAUGCAGCUGCAGCGCAUCUGUAACCACCCGGAGCUGCUCCAGGCCCGGGAGGCCCAGAGCACGUACGUGUCCCAGGCCCUGGAGUACACCACCGCCUCCCUGGUGCUGGGCGCCCUCCAGCGGGACCCGUGGAAGACGGUGGACCUGUCCAUAUUCGACCUGGUCAGUAACGAGACCAGGCUGACGCGCUACGAGGCGGAGGAGGCGGUGCCCAAACUCAAGCUGUCCCGGCAGCUGAUGGAGGAGAUCCACGGAGCUCCUGACCCCCCGGCCAGGCCAAAGCAGUGCAAGAUCAAGCCCAUGAGGCUGUUCCAGCCCGUGCAGUACGGCACCAAGCCGGAGGGCAGAACGGUUCCGCUGUCCAGCACCCUGGCCCAGCGCACCCCCACGCCGACCACGGCGUCCGCCGCCACCACCGCCACGGCGUCCCAGCCGGCACAGGCCCGCGGCAAGUCCCCCGUCCUGACCACCGCCACCACCACCUCCACCACCGCCACGCAGGUGGCUGGGAUGGCCUUACAGAAAGCCCAGACUGCCCCUCCUGCGAGCAGCACCACCAUGACCCCAUCCGCCGCGGCCGGCCUGGGGCUGGGCGGGGCCGCGGGGGGCGCCGCGCCCCGGCUAGCCGCGCCCGCCGCCGUGCAGGCGCCCAGGCCCACGCAGGCGCCCCCCCAGGGCCCCGCCCACGCCGUCCAGCCCAGCCUGCUGCCACAGAGGCUGGUGCUUACCCCCCAGGCCCAGGCACGCUUGCCUAGUGGCGACGUGGUGAAGAUCGCCCAGCUGGCCUCCAUCGCGGGGAGCCAGAACCGCAUCUCCCAGCCCGAGACGCCCGUCACGCUGCAGUUCCAGGGCAACAAGUUCACCCUGUCCCCCAGCCAGCUGCGCCAGCUCACCACCGGCCAGCCCUUGCAGCUCCAAGGUACACUCGGCAACAUCCUGCAGAUCGUGUCGGCUCCCGGCCAGCAGAUCCUCAAGCCCCCGAGCUCCAUGGUGAUGCAGACGGUGCCCCCCCAGACCCUGCCCGUCCCGAAUACGGCGGCCACCCCCGGCGCCCUGCCCCCGGCCACCUCCUCCGCCCCGCAAGCCCCUGGGGUUGUAGCAAAAGCCACGGUCACGACGGCGGUCUCUGCAGACCAGGGCACCAACGCCAAGCCCACGCCAACACCUGCCGUCGUCCCACAGGAGUCGUCCGAGGAGAGGAACCGCCUCACCAAGGAGCGCCUGAAUCGACUCUUCGCUGCCAACGAGCGGCGCUGCGCCCGGGGGGUGCUGUACGGGACCGACCUGCUGCAGGCCUGCGGCGUCUCCGAGGGCGACAGGCCGCCCCUCCCCUCCUCCGUCCGGGGACCCGGCGGGUGGAGGUGGGUGGGGAGGGACAGCUGCCUGAGGGCCCGCCGCGCGUGCGUCUCCUCGACCUCCCACCUGCGCUCCGCCCUGAUCUCCGCCCGGCAACAGCAAGAGGCCGCGGAGCAAUUGGCUAAGAGGUUCUCCUGUGUGGUCCCUGCUGCGGUGGCCCCUCCUCCCCAGCUGUACGCGGCCAAUCCCGCGCCUCAGUUCAGCCUGGAGCAGAAGGCGUUCAGACUGCGGCUCCAGCGGGCCUCGGCCCCCCACGUCAGCGAGAUCCGCCGCCUGGCCUCGAGCCGCCUGCUCCAGUUCCCAGACCUGCAGCUGCUGGAGAUGGACUCAGGUAAACUGGAGGCCCUGGCUGUGCUGCUGCACAAGCUCAAGUCGGAGAAUCGGCGCGUCCUCAUCUUCACCCAGAUGGUGAGGAUGCUGGACAUCCUGGAGAUGUUCCUGGACCACCACCAGCUCCCCUACGUACGAGUGCACGAGAACCUGCCUUUGGAGGAGCGACAGGAGGAAAUGAAGCGCUUCAACAGGAACCGGCAGGUUUUCUGCUCCAUCCUCACCAACCGCUGCGGCUCGGCCGUGGGCCACGUCUUCGACGCCGACACCAUCGUCUUCUACGACACCGACCUCAACCCCAGCAUGGACGCCCGCACCCAGGAGUGGUGCGACAAGAUCGGGCGCUCCAAAGACAUCCACAUCUACAGGUUGGAGAGUGGAAACUCCAUAGAGGAGAAGCUGCUGAAGAACGGGACCAAGGACCUGAUCCGAGAGGUGGCUGCUCAGGGCACUGAUUACACCCUGGCUUUCCUGACGCAGCGGACCAUCCAGGACCUGUUCGAGGUGGAGUCGGGCUCCGGGGAGAAGGUGGAGGAGUUUGUGGUCCUGCACCAGGAACCCUCGCCCUCCGAGACCAUCUCCCCCCGAGUGGCCCGUCCGUACAUCCAGGCCCUCAACAGCAUCAGCCAGGACGCCCUGGAGGAAGAGGCGGGCCACGCGGAGGACGAGGAGGACUUAGAGGAGGAGCCGGAGGUCAGAGGUCAAGCGGAGACAUCCCAAAUGGAGGAGCUGGCAGCUGUGAUGGAGCAGUUGACUCCUAUUGAGAAAUACGCCCUGCAGUACCUGGAGUAUCUGCAUGUGAGUGAGGAUGAAGAAAAGGCCGCACUGGAGCGGAUCGACUGCGCAAAGAAAUGCUGGGAGAUUCAGCAUCUGCAGAAGCUCAAGGCCGAGGAGGAGGAGCGUCUGAUUCUGGAGGAGGAGGAGGAUCUCUUCACCUACACCAGAGAAGACGCUUACAACAUGGAGUACGUCUUUGAUGGCGAAGACGGCCAAACGGAAAUAAUGCCGGUGUGGACCCCGCCGACGCCCCCGCAGGACGACAACGACAUCUACAUCGACUCGGUCAUCUGCCUGAUGUACGACACGGUGCCCAUGCCCGAGUCCAAGCUCCCGCCCGUCUACGUCCGCAAGGAGCACAAGCGGCUCAAAAUGGAUCCAUCUGCAGCAGGCAGGAAGAAGAAGAAGGGGCACGGGGAGACGGUCAUCCCGCCACGCUCCCUCUUUGACAAGGCCAGCAUGCUGAAGGUGCGCCGCGACGGAAAGGACCAGAAGAAGAACAUCUCCCUGAAGCAGCAGGCGCCCUUCGCCAAGCCCCUCCCCUCGCUGGUCAAGCCCGCCAUGGAGGCGGGGCAGGACAACCCGGAGUGGCUCAUCAGCGAGGACUGGGCCCUGCUGCAGGCGGUGAAGCAGCUGCUGGAGCUGCCCCUGAACCUCACCAUCGUGUCUCCCGCACACACCCCAAACUGGGACCUGGUCAGCGACGUGGUCAACUCCUGCAGCCGCAUCUACCGCUCGCCCAAGCAGUGCCGCAACCGAUACGAGAACGUCAUCAUCCCGCGGGAAGAGGGCAAGUUGGUGUAUGAAGCGAACCCGAAGAAGAAGACCAAAAGCAUCUACAAGUCCAAAAACAGCCGGCCGCUACGCACCUGCCAGAUCUACACCCAGGACGACAACUCCACCCACAUCCAGCUCUACAACAGCCGCUUCGAGCUGAUGAAGAUCAUCGCCAGCAAGAGGAGUCCACCCAUCAAACCACUGCUGGGUAUGAAUCCAUUCCAGAAGAACCCGAAACACGCCUCCGUCCUGGCGGAGAGCGGGAUCAGCUACGACAAGCCGCUCCCUCCCAUCCAGGUGGCGUCCCAGCGCGCCGAGAGAAUCGCCAAGGAGAAAAAGGCCCUGGCGGAGCAGCAGAGGGCGCAGCAGCUGGCCCAGCAGCAGCAGCCGCAGCCGGGGACCCCCCAGGCCCAGCCGGCCACGCCCCAGCAGCAGCAGCCGCAGCCCGCGGCGGCCGGCCAGGCGCAGCCCCAGGGAGUCCCGCAGGCCCAGGCCGUCGCCGGGGCCACCGCCGUCCCCAACCCCGCCGUCCUGACGGGCGCCAUGAAGACGGCCGUGGUGGGGACCAGCAUACAGACCGCCACAGUCGCCGGGAACGUGGUGGUCAACACAGUGGCCGGGGUCCCUCCCAGCCCCUUCCAGGCCAACAAGCGCCUGGCCUCGCCCGUCAUCCCCGGGGCCCUGACGACCACGGGGGCCGCCGGGGCGCAGGUCGUGCACGCCCAGCAGAGGACGCUGCCCGCCGCCGCCGCCCCCGCCGAGGUGGUCGCCAUAGCAACGGGCCAGAGCAUGAGGGUGGUCACCCCGGCGACGGCCUCCACGGUGGUGUCCACGAGCCUGACUCCGGUCCAGACGCAGACGCGGCCCCUGGUCACGCAGGUCACGGCAGCCCCUGGAAUGGUGGGGAAGCCCAUGACGCCGGCCCACCUGCAGAUGCUUCGCCAGCAGCAGCUGCAGCAGGCCACCCCCAAAGCCGCGGGCAAACCCCAGCAGGAGCUGAUCAAGCUGCAGAAGCAGAAGCUGCAGCUCCAGCAGCAGCAGCACGUGGCGGCGGCCGUGGCAGCGGCCACGCAGCAGCAGAGCCAGCAGGGGGCGCAGCAGCCGCAGCAGCAGCAGGCCGCUCAGGUGCAGCCCACCCAGGCGGCGCAGCCCAACCCCCAGCUGACCGCCGUGGCCGCCCCCAGGGCCGUGCUGGCGGGCACCACCGUGGCCAACCUGCCGGUGGCGCGACUGGUGAGUGACUGGAGGCUGGAGCUACCAACCGCUCCAUUGAGCCGUGCCUGCUGACCUUAGCCACAGAAA